AUGGAGACCUUCACAUUUCUUUUAAUAUUCUUCCUUUUUACAGGAGAAUUAGCAUCUGGUGGAACUGCUCAACUGGUGCACUGCAAUGCAGCUGAUAAAGAAGUUCUUCUUGACUUCAAAAUGGGUCUUCAAGAUCCAGUGAACCAGCUUUCCUCAUGGCAGGGAAGCAAUUGCUGUCAGUGGCUGGGAAUAGCCUGUGACAAUGCCACUGGAGCUGUAAUUUCCAUUAAUCUCUCCAGCCUUGAUUUGGUUGGUGAGAUUAGUCCCUCAAUCACAAAACUCAAGUCCUUGACACGUCUGGUUUUAUCACGGAACAAUAUCAAAGGUGAGAUUCCAAGCUUCAUUGGAAAUUUACAGCAUUUAGCUUAUCUUGGACUGAACUCUAAUAAGCUAAAUGGUACUCUCCCAGACAGCUUAGGACUGCUCUCCGAGUUGUACUUCCUUGAUGUUUCUGACAAUGAAUUGACAGGUGUUGUCUCAGAAGCACAUUUUCUGAUGUUAACUAAACUGAAGUACUUGUUCUUGUCUGAAAACUCUUUCAUUUUCAAUAUCAGUUCCAACUGGGUCCCUCCAUUCCAGAUUCAUCAACUGGAUUUUGGGUCAUGCCACUUAGGUACUUCCUUUCCCAUUUGGCUUAGAUCUCAAAGAGAUAUGGAAGUUUUAAGACUCUCAAACUGUAGCAUUUCAGGCUCCAUUCCGACCUGGUUUUGGGGCAUAUCUGGCUCUAUCGGUCUUUUAGAUUUUUCUUCCAAUCAUUUAGAGGGCCGUUUACCAAAUCCGUUGAAUGUAAGUUUCGUUCCUGAUGUUGUUGAUUUGAGCAAUAACCACUUGAAAGGACCCAUUCCUCUUCCAGAUGCCUUAGCAAUAGAUCUUUCCAAUAAUCAAUUCUCUGGUCAUAUUCCAAACAAUAUUGGUCAAAUCAUGCCACAUUUGAUAUUCCUUUCCCUAUCUGGCAACCGGCUGACUGGUGCAAUCCCAGACUCAAUUGGAGUUCACCUUGAAGUUUUGGAUCUUUCAAGAAAUAAUUUGACAGGAAGCAUUCCUUCAGGCAUAGGGAAUUGUUAUGAUCUCAAAGUUCUAGACCUUCAACACAACAAUUUGUCUGGAGGGAUUCCUAGUUCAAUGGCUGAGUUGCAUGUUCACAGGAAAAUUAAAUAA